GAUUCGUAUUAAGUUAACCAUCUUACUGCAUGUGAGCAAAACAAUCACAGAAUGAGGACGGUGCAACUUUUACUCUUCUUUCUACUGGUGUGUCAAACUACAGAGCGUUUAACUGAUAAACGGGUGAAUUUAGGGCAAAACGUGACUUUAGACUGUCAGAUUGAUGUAAAAGACAUUUAUUGGGUUUUCCAGAAACGGACAGAUUCUCCAGUGCCGAUACUGCGAACUUUCACAUCAGACUCUACAUCAUCUCGUCUAAAAGACCAAAGUCUGAAAGACAAAUAUUCAUCACUAACUUUGAGCCGUUUACUUAUUAGUACCGUAACUAUCAAUGAAUUAGGAAUAUAUUAUUGUGUAAAAACAGGCUCAUUUCUACAGCUCAGUGAUGGCAUCAGACUUUACAUCACUGAAUCUAUCCGAGAUCAAAAUCAAACAGAAUACAACAAUCAUACACAAUCACAAGGUGAAACAACUCUCAAGAUUCACAAGAUUCUGACUGUUACAUCCUUCCUAUUCAACAUUUUGCUGAUCAUUGCAAUAGGUCUGUUAAUGCUCAAACUUAAGAAGCCAAGAAAAAGUCGACAUCAACCCCAGAAUGUCGAAACAGUACCACUUGAGGACUUAAACACUGCACAGUAUUCUGAAAUCGAGUUGCCCACAUAUUCCAGAAGAGAAAAUCCCAUUCAAAUAAACGGCACUUAUGUACUUCUUCAGAAGCCAAAGCCGCAUCCUAGAUCAACACAAGCAGAAAUCAUCACAUCUUGCAACCUACAAAGUUAUAAUGAGGCAGUCUGACACCUUCUGUGGGUGUAUCCUUUUCGGUAGGAUUAAGUUUUAUAAAGGCCAACGUGUUUCCGUCACUGUUUGAAUGAAAUCAUGUUAUUUACUUAUUUAUAAAAUACAUAAUUUGGAUGUGUGUUGCUACCAAGUACCUCAGACAUGUUAACAGAUAAAUCUUGAAUGAUUAAUGUGGUUACAGUUUACAGUAAGGUUCAAUGCAUUAACAUUAAAUUACAAUGGACAAUACUUAUUAAUCCUGGUUAAUGUUAAUUCAUGUUAACAAACAUUAAUAUGAAGUAUAUUAUUUACGUUUGAUUGUAUUGAUUGUAAUUGAUUUUAUUUUAUGUGGUUAACCAUGCUGGUUUAGGAUGAUUUAGUUGGUCUCCAGACUGGCCAAGCUGGUGUUUAGCUGGUCUCCCAAAUCUGACCAGCUGACAAGUACCCAAAACACAUCAAAAACCAUCAAACUAGGUCAGAAAACUACUUUUCCCUAGUGGACGUUCUUGAAUCAAAGUGCAAAAACAUUAAUUAUGAUACAACGUCGAACAAAAAGUACAAGAUGGCAAGAAAAAAACAUGGUCUAGAGAUGUGUUGUGCAACACUGACUGAAGUUUUGCCAUGCUUCAUGUGAACAGAUUGGUAAAAGUGCUACUUCCUGUUUCUGAAAAAAACAACAACAGCGAAAUGUCUACAUGCAUUAGGUCAAAAACUAAAAGGUCUAGGGUUCCAUAUGGUUUCAGAAAAAAACAUCAGGCAAGUGUUUUAAACUUUCUGAAGAUUGUUUUCCUCAGUAAAGUGUUGUAGCAUGCACGUGUGACUCAUAAAGACAUUAAAACUUGUUUUAAGAGAUGGAUGGAGUUUUUUUCUUAUUUGGGUUACACUUACAUUUGUACAUUUUGUAUGAUAACACAAUGUUUCAUAGGAAUUAACAACAUCUAUACACAACCAGGGCCUUACAUAUAUGCAUCCAUGAAAACUUUCAGUUACAUUUUUAGGCUAGUUUUUUUCUACUGCUCAGCGUCUAACCGCGCUCGUCAAAAUGAUUGAUGACUCUUGACCAAUCAAAUUAAAGUAGGCGGGGUUUACUCUUCACAGAAGCAGUGCGCGAAUUCCAGCGCGGUAUUUCGGUUUUUAACGGUGAAAGACAGCAAGGUAAGAUGGAAAUAGCAAAACAUUGAAUAUUUCACAACUGUUUAUGAUAGAAAUGUUAAACGACCGACAGUAAUAUCCAGCACUGCAAACUACUCGACUUUUCCCCCAGAUAUGACUGUUUUGGUAUCAUUUACAUGAUUCAUGUGAUUUCUAAAUGAACGUGAAGAGACAACAAACGAUUUGCAAAUGA